AUGGAGAACGUACUGGACGAUAUUUCGCACCGGAGAUACAACCCUCUCCGGGGAUCCUCCAUCUUGGUCUCUCCCCACCGCACCAAGCGUCCCUGGCAAGGAGCGCAGGAAAGCGCCUCCAAGACCACUCUCCCAGCCCACGAUCCCGAAUGUUACCUGUGUCCCGGAAACAAGCGCGCGCAGGGCGACACCAACCCCAACUAUGACAGCACCUUUGUGUUUGUGAACGACUACAGCGCCGUGAAGGAAGAGCAAGCGCACUACGAGCCUUCCAACGAAGAUGAGUUGGAAUCGCGCUUCCUCAAAGCCGAACCCGUAACUGGAAAAUGCUACGUCCUGACCUUCUCAUCUGCUCACAACCUCACCCUUGCGGAUCUGAGCCCUCGCGAGAUCAUUCCCGUGAUCGACGCCUGGACAGAGAUCUACACAGCCCAUCUCUCGCCCACCUCCCCACUCGCCCAGAUCGCCCCCGCAACAACCCUGCCCCCAUCUACAAACACCACCAAACCCAAGGAGCAGUACAGGUACAUGCAGAUCUUCGAAAACAAAGGCGCAGCCAUGGGAUGCUCCAACCCCCACCCCCACGGCCAAGUCUGGACCACCAGCUCCAUGCCCGAAGAGCCAGCCGCCGAAAUGGACCAGCUACGCAAGUACCGACAGCAGCACGGCGGCAGCCACCUUCUAGAAGACUACGCCACUCUGGAAAGCCGCAAGCAGGAGCGCGUGGUUUUCGAGAACGAAGCCUUCCUAGUCGUCUGUCCGUGGUGGGCGACCUGGCCCUUCGAAACAAUGAUCGUCAGUCGCACGCACAAGCGCGCGCUCGUCGAUCUCUCAGAUGCGGAUAAGAUGCUCCUUGCCGAAGCUAUUGCGGAGAUUACUCGUCGCUACGAUAAUCUCUUCGAAACGCAUUUCCCUUACAGUAUGGGUAUUCACCAGGCGCCGUUGGAUGGCACUGCGGAGGAGAUCGAGGCUUCGUACUUGCAUUUGCACUUCUACCCGCCUUUGCUGCGUAGUGCGACUGUGCGCAAGUUCUUGGUUGGGUAUGAGUUGAUGGCGGAGCCUCAGCGUGAUAUCACGCCUGAGCAGGCUGCUGCUAAGCUGCGCGCUUGUGGUGGUGAGCUCUACAGGAAGAAGUUGGAUUCUUGA